CUCGCACCAUGAAUAUGCGACAAGUCGUCCGGCAAAGUCACGGGCAUGCAGAGUUCCGCUGGUCUUGUUUGAUGCCAAACAAGGGGCCUGGCAUGUUUCAUCCACCGUGAACUGAGUAGACUUCUCUCGUCCUUCUUUUGCUCUGCAACUGCCAUCACUGACGGCGCAGGAACGGCCAGCAUUCGAGAGCAGCAUUGCCACAAUGGCCCCGAAUGCUGGAUGGAACACAUACCGAUUGUACAAAGAAGGGACCACGAAAUUGACCACCUGGCUCGUGGAUAAUGCUCUACGCUGCAAGGCUGAUGUCCAGACGAGCGCUUCCCGAAACACAAAUAAUGGCGAGGCGAGCUCGAAGUCGAAGUACACAGUGCCUCUCACCCAGUUUGUAAGGAUGGCCAAAACCAUCGCCCACUCAACAGAUCCCAGGAUCCGCAUCUCCCAGAAUAUCUUGGCCCUGAUCAAAUACACCAUCAGUAUGCGAAAGCAUGCGGCGACCUUCUUCUCCAAAAUGGCUUUCAAUGCCGGAAAUGACGAGCUGCUCAAAUCUAAUGCUAGCCACCAAUACUUCAUUGAGAUCUUGGAGCAAGUUCUGAACAUUCUGGACCCAAGCAACCAGAAGGAUAAGGACAUCAGCGAUGAAGUGGAUCUUCCCAACACGUUUAGUGCGUUGACAGUCGAAGAACCCACGUCAGAAGGCACGGCGCCUCCCGAAUUACCUGAACAGCGAGCGAACGUCGAUGUUUCUUACGAGCCAGAGGCGGACGAUUUCGACAACGCAUUUGCCGUGUUCUCCUUCUUCGAGGAUCUGAACAGCAUCCGAGAAUUCAUUUCGGGUGUUUGGGUGGACUAUGCGAAUGGCCAGCUUGACCUUAUGAGUGCGGCCGUCACCACAGACACCGGCUUUCGCAUGAUCAAAGACAGCUGCGAAGCUCUUAUCGACAGUCCAGCUUUCAUCGAGAUUAGAGACUCUGAUGUCUGGGACCGGUUGCCAUGGAAUGGCAAUCGGGACUACAUGAUCGCAGUUGCAUUUCUGGCAGAACAUUUCGGAGGUGAAAGCGAGGCUCUUAGAGAAUGGACUUGUGGAAAUGCGAACAACAUGUUGAGCUCUUUUGCUCAAAUCUUGACAUCACGCAAAGUUCCAGUACUGAAGCCGGAUCAUUAUGGAGUCUACAAACCCGAGCAGGAUAGAUCAGCAAUGAGCCUCGAGGAGCAGGAUCAGGAAGACCUGAUCAUUACGAUGAACCUGCUGCAGGAGUUCACGAAGUUGUCUCGUGCCCACGUGGAUCUACCCGUUGAGGACGAGCUCACCCGAGGCAUUCGUCUCAUGACAGACACUUGUGAUGCACGACAACUGCCUAUGUUUGCUGGGUUUGCCUUCCAAAUCCUUCUGGAUAUACACAAUAGUCUGCGCAAUCAUGUACUGCAAGCGCACUGCGAUCUACAGAACCAUGCAAGGAGAAUCGUUGGCAUCAUGGACGACUAUCUCAGACUUUCUAAGAAUCGGCGGAUCGACACGUGGGCACCAACGAACGAUGAAGUGCUUCGUAUGAUCAAGGAGACCGCAAAUUUUUGGGUCUUGGACGACAUUAUGACCAAUUUGCCGCUUCCGGUUCCAGAAGGCGCGCCUAAGAUGCCAAGCUUCUACCUGCUGAAAAAUCACCCCGUCCUGGCCGGUCUACUCCUCUUCCAUCUCAACCUUCGCGUGCAAGACGCUGGUAUCAGUUUGUGCAAUGCUUGGGGCUCUGUGCUCUACCCAGCUCAUCUUUACAACGCAUGUCAACAAAGCGCCGGGCUGACAGCUCCAUGGCGCGACAUCGAGUACAUGAUAGAAACCCACUCUGCGAAGCGUCUCUUCGUGGGAGCGCCUCCUUCUGAGCCAAGCGAUUAUCUGAAGAGAUUCGUUCUCGCCCUUGGUGGCAGCGCUGCCACCUUUGCACGCAACCGUCGACCGGGUGGUGGCCGAUCCCUGAUCGUACAUUCGAAAAAGGGCCCACGAGGCUUGAAAACCACCACGCCUGUUCGAGACACGUUCGAGCCACGAUACGUUGACCACGAUCAGGCUGUGGUGUCCAAAGCUAAUCUGGUUGCCAUGCUGUCAGUUGCCAUGAAAGCGCGUAGAACAAACUCGCCUUCCGUGGAUCUAUCAGUUCUACACGCACAGAUCACCACCCAGCGUGAUCUAACACCUACGCAGGUUCUACAAGUUGUUCGAGAGGGCAUGGCUGGCGAAGAGCAUCACCUGUUCGACUACAUCAAUCUCCAUUUUCGUGGAUACAAGCUCCUGCGAAUGCUGCACACUCAUCUUACAGGUCAAUUGUCUCGCUACUUUGGCCCAAAUUUCAUUGAGAACGAGUCGGAGCUGCCAUUCAUAAUUGGCUAUGUCUUCGAAGUCAUGGCCGGCUCUGAUCGGAUCGCUCAAGCGCUCCAAUUAGAGCUCGGAGGCAGCAACAUGCUUCACACAGCUGCAGAAACGAUGAAGGCUUUUCUGGAAGACGGCACGAAUGCUCGCCAAGGUCUCAUCAAUACAAAGGUCUGGACCAGAGCAUACCACUUCCAUCACCGUCAAGGCACUGUCGAUCAGCUGAUGGCAAGCAUAGCCGAUGAAUGGUGAACCGUGGUGCGGAUAUUGUAAACGAGUGCGUGGCAGCCACCAUUAGACUUGACCUCUGCCAACCUCUUUCGCGUGACCACACCAGAAAAUUACUUGGGCUUUGUGCUCAGAUAUCUUCCUUGAGAGUAGAGGUCGUAUGAUAGCCUUUCCAGCACGAUUCACGAACGUAAUGAUAGCAGUGACUUGCAAAGUCGUGCUCCUCGUGCGGCAUAUUGCAAUAUCCUCUGUCAUUGGCGUGGCAAUUUCAUGGUCAGGACAUUCCUGAGUGUCGUACUAGGAUCAGAGGUGUAUCGCAGCUGCGCAAAG